CCGCCAGUCGCUCGUCAACUAAAAGGUCCUCGCGAGAUGCUGAUGCAGAUGACGAAAGGAGAGGCAUAGGAACACGUCCCACGAGCUGCGGCACUAUGGGCCACGAUCAAGGAGAAGGCAUCGACAGCGCUGACGAUGACGACGACGACGACGACGACGAUGAAGGUAACAAGCCAACUGUACCUGUCAACCCCACAUCACCAUAUGUGCCGUUGGUUUUGGGUCAGAUGGCGGAUGGCAAGGACGCGGUUAUACCGGCGAGACUCAACCAGUACUUGUACGACUUCCAGCGAGAGGUGGGCAGGAUUGUGUGGUGGUUUUAG